AAGGUGUGGUCAAGAAAAGGAAAUUUCGUAAUCUAGCGCUGCUCUUCACCCCAGUUUUUGUUCGGCCUUCAAGAAUCACUUUUAGCAGUCUAUAAAGAAUCAUGGAAAGCAGCGGUGGACCAGAAGAGCAGGGGAGGAAGGGGGUAGUGUUCAGUAUCAUGAGGUACUUGCAAGACCAGAUAAAGUCCGGCCAACACUCUUCAGACAGCGUCGAGAGCCUCGAAGUGGCUCUGGACUGCAUUGGACAGGUGUACCACCUAGACCUCGCUAGUCAGGAAGAUACUGCUACAUACAGCAUUGAAAAAUCACUGGAGGAGAUAUUUUCAACAGCAGCUCCCUCUGUGCCGUCCAGCAGUGCCAAGAGGCAAGCUGAGGCCUUCAAGACCCAAGGAAAUGUUCACAUAAAGAAUGGGGAGGUGGACAAGGCAGUGGAGUGCUACUCUAAGGCCAUUGAACUGGACCCAACAAACGCCACAUACUUUUGCAACCGUGCUGCGGGGCUCAUCAAACAGCAGAAAUUGGAUGAAGCUCUUGAAGACUGCCGAAAGUCUCUCGUGCUCAACCCCGACUAUGCCAGAGCUCAUGGACGAAUGGGAUAUGUUUAUAGCACUCAAGGUCAGUACGCAGAAGCAAAGAAGAGCUUUACUGAGGCUACCAGAUUAGACCCGGAGAAUGCGAGCUACAAAGAGAACCUUACAGCAGUUGAGCAGCAACUGGGGCCUCAGCCACAGGUAUUGCACACAAUCUACUCCACAUGAUAUAUUGGAAGUGGAGUAGAUGUAUUAGAGUUAUGAUGUUGGUUCUAGGGAGGGCAGCAAGGUGCACCACCACCCUCAUCAUCAUCAGGUAGUGGAGGAGGAGGAGGAGGUAAGGUGUAUUAAGACUCCCCCAUUAAUUCUUAGCGUUCCUUAUAGCAUGCAUUGAUGGAGGGUUGGUCUGUGUAUUUGCAGGUAUGCCAGGACUUGGUGGCAUGAACAUUGGUAGCAUUAUCAGCAACCCAAGAUUCAUGAACAUGGCUUCAACACUCAUGUCUCAGCCUGGAUUUCAACAGCUAGCUGGUGGGAUGAUGCAAAACAUGGCCGGUGGAAAUAGAGGCCCUGAAGGAAUGAUGCCUCAAGUAAUGCAAAUGGCCCAGGAGAUGCAGCAAAACAACCCAGAGCUAUUCCAAAACCUCCAGCAGCAAGCACAAGGACUUCAGCAGCAGAACCAACAAAACCCUAGCCAACCACAGUGAUGUGUGCCUUCGUGUAUUUUUCAUCCAUUACCCCGCGUACCUGCGCAUGCGCACAGCCUGGGUACCACUAACAUUCUUCAUAGCAUGAAGUCAUUUGUCUUUACUUACUCUCAUCAGUAAUACUGUAUCUGUGUGUUGUAUAGAUUCCCUUUCAUCCCCUAUCACCGGGGGCAAAUGAA